AUGGUUAUUACAAAUCAGCUACAAGAAAGACUGCAGGAAGGAUUUGCUAAGGAAUCUUUGAAUGCUUUUAACAAAAUUCUUGAAAAGUCCAUUAAGAGUCCUCGGGCUACAUACGGUCGCUCUGGUGCUUUGCUUAAGUUAGCUGAAUUACAGUCCAGCAACACUCUUCUUCAGCAAGGCAUUCAGGUUUUGGAAGUACUUCUAAGUAAUCCUGACACUCCUGAUGCUUUGUUAUUGAAAAGUGGUUUGAUAUUGGCUGACAAGCAACGUUUCAGAGGCUGGACCAAUCGAGCUCUCAAAUCCUUGACCUUCCUGAAUUUACGUUUCCCAAAUAAUGUUGAUGUGGUAAACGAUCUUGGAAUCACCAACUUGAUAUUAGGUCGCAAUGAUGAUGCUAAAAAAUUAUUUAAACAGGUAUUAAAACUUGAUGCUGACAAUGGCUUUGCCAUGGCUCAUUUAGGAUUUAUUAUCAAGGUUAGCGAUAACAAUCCAGCAAAAGCUAUUCCAUACUUGAAGUCUGGUAUUGAAAGUGGAGAUAAGAGUGCAGUUGAUGCAAGAUUCUACUUUCAUCUUGGAGAUGCCUACCAGCGUAUUGGAGAUACAAAAAAGGCUAAAGAAGUUUACGAUGAUGGAGCUGCCAAAAAGCUAUUCCUCUCCAGAGACCAGCGCUCUUUAUAUAAUGUUGAAAGACUUACAGCCAAACCAUGGUGGGAUCCUGAAGAAUUACCUUAUCAAAAUGCAAUUGAGACUCUCCAAAAUAACUGGGAAAUGAUUCGAGAUGAGGUCCUGGAGUAUUUUGGCAGAUCUGGUACAGAUUUUAUUAAUGAAGCAGAGAACCUUCUGGAUAGAGGAAUGUGGAGACAGAUGACACUCUACCAAAGAGGAGAACGAAAUAAAAAAGGUUGUUUAAAUGUCCUUAAAACUUGUGCAUUACUUAAUAAUUUACAAGAUGCUACCAACUGUAGGAGAGGACAGGUAAAAUUCUCCAUCAUGAAACCAGGUAGUCAUGUAUGGCCACAUUGUGGUCCAACAAAUUGCCGUUUAAGAGCCCAUCUUGGCUUAGUAAUUCCUGAUGGUGUUAAAAUAAGAGUUGGCAAUGAAACAAGGCAUUGGAAAGAAGGGGAAUUUUUAAUAUUUGAUGAUUCUUUUGAACAUGAAGUCUGGCAUCAAGGAAAUGAAAACCGAAUUGUAUUGAUUGUCGAUUUUUGGCAUCCAGAACUGACGGAACAUGAAAAAUCUGCACUAUCACCAAUUUAGAAUUUUAGCUUUUUUAUAUUAUUAUUUUUCUUUUUUCUUUCUUCUUUUUUUUUUUAGGAUUCUAAAUAAUUGACAAUGACUUGCCAAAAUAUUAUUGAAAUUAAUUCUUCAUCUUAGUUUUGGACAGAGAUAUUAAGUUUACUAUUCAUAUUAUUCAUAUUUGUUGCGGUGCAUCUGAGCACUGUAUACAAUAAUUUCAUUAUAUAUUUUGCUUUUCCAUUCAUAUUCUUUCUACAUUUUAAACCCCAUGAUAUAUAUUUUUUUCUGUAAGGAAAAGAAUUGUCUUUCAACUUUUUUUCAUGUUUUUCAAGCAUGGAAAAUAACUUUAAAAAGAAAACUGGUUAUACAAAUAGUAUAUUAGAUCUAAGCAUAUCACAUGUAAAGAACAAAUCUAAGGUUUAUGUACAUUAUGUAUGUGGUGUAUAUAUACAUGUAUGUAUAUAAUGUGUAUUUUCAUGCAUUGUUAUAUGCAUGUAUAUGUGGCAACCCAGAUUUCACAACCAAACCUAAAGUUUUUGUGCAAAUGGUUUUGUUUGGCUGACUGUACUCAUCAGUGGGCUGAAAAUUGUGUGUGUAUAUGAGUAUACACACAUGCACGCAUGCUCAAACAGACAUACACACUAAAGGUGCUAACUAAAUUUAGAAAACAAUUUUUUCCUUGUCUAUGAAAACCAUGAUACAGGCUUAAUGAACGUUUAAUUUUUUUUUUCCUCAACACAGUCGUCAUAUAAAUUUCAAUCAAAAUCUCAGAUUUUAUACUUUUUGUUACAUACUUCUCACUCCUGGAUAUUGCAAAUAACAAAUACUAUACACACUUAACAAAUAUAAAAUGAUACUUUAAAUAUUAAUUGUGAUACAUAAGUGUAAGAAUGUGAGAUGACACCAUCUAAAGUGAGAAUGUUAGAAGAGACUUGAGAAUAGAAGGAAAAUAUAGCUACUGGAAUUCUUUUAAUUUGUUUUUACUUAAGCCAGACACAUACACACUCAUAUAUAUCUGUGUGUAUAAACAUAAACAAAAUGUUUAAUCUCUUACCGAUAUGUUUCAAACAACAUUAAAUAAGUAAUUUUCUUGAAAUAUAUUAGUUCUAGAAUCACAGAAUACUUAUAUUUUAUUUGCUUUUAUAGAAUACUAUAGAUGCCACUGAAAAUGUUUUUGUAGACCAUGUUAAUAUUUUUGUUUUCUACUCUUAAUUGCUUUAUAUUGUUCUGAAAGAUAAUCCUUUACAAGGUAUUUUACCUCACAUUCCACAUUUAGUUGAAGUUAUAAUAGAUUAAUUAUACUAACUAAAAUCAGUAACAUCUUAUAGCAUUGGCAUACUGGACAGUUACCUAAGGACCCCAUAGGUUCCUGGGCAACUGCCCAGUGUGCUUAUGCUGUCAAAAAGUAUUAUAGGACCCACUGCAAUGGUCUUCCCAGGGGCCUAUAAUGCUGUUAAGAUGUCCCUUACUAAAAUAUAGUUUUACUUAAGCCUUCUUAUCAACAUCACCAGUUUUGAAAAAAAAAAAAUAGAUAGCAACAGUUAUUAUUAUUGUUGUUUAACUCUUAGUCUGUUGUGAUAAAACAAACCUAUGAUCAAAUACAU